GUUGAAUGGUGUCCAUCUCUGAUGAAUAUCACAUGACCAUUCUGGUUACCCCUGACUGCAAUCCCCGACCCGAGCAAACAUAUAUGUACAUAUAUAUCGCGGUACGUUCGAAGCAUGCGUUACGAUGACAUGAUAUCUAUUUUAUAUUGUUUGAAUAUCGUUGAGUCCCAGUUUAUAACUCAUAAGUAGCUUUAAAAUCUAUACUUAAAGCAGUAUAAGUCGACUGUCAAAAAACGGGCCCGGAAAAGCCUUAAUACUUCAGAUAACAAUACUGUUAUAACCUAUUCCCCUUGCUCUGCUACUCUUUUUGAUGCUGAUAAUGUUGGGGGUGGUCUUACACCACGCCUGCUGUUAGAUGACUCUGUCUCUAAUUUAAUAAUGAGUUCCACCUCAAGAUCAAAAAGUAUCGAUAGUAGUAAGAGUGAAUUAGACUAUUUUUAAGCAACUACACGACAUGCGUUCCAAAGUUGAGUCACUUGCUAGCUCUUUAUCAAAGCAUGAUGAGCUGAGACAAGAAAUAAAGACACUAACACACCUUAAGCUGCUUCUAUCAAGAGAUAUCGUUCCUGCGGAACUUGAUGAUAUCAUAAAAGCAGAAUGUGUUAUCGACUUUAUCGCUAAUGAAGUUUCCAAGCGAAUAGUCUCUCGUAAUAACGUGAUUGUCUAUAAUAUACCUGCCAGGAUCACCAUUAAAACUGUAAGGAAUUCGAUAUUAAAAGCAUAUAACUUUCAAGACAGUCCAUGCCAACGCAUUCGACUUAAUAAAAAGCACCAGAAAUACUCGUGCCCGGUCAUGUUCAGAUUAGACUCGCAUAUAUUAGCUGAACAGUUAAAAGAACCCGAGCGGCUAAUCUGCGCGCUUACGAAAUUUAGGAACGCUCUUAUAGUCCCAGAUAAGACCACCAAUCAAAGGCUUACGCAGAAACUUACCUUGGACGAAAAUAAAGGUGUUGGGGUCACAACAAACCACGAUGCAUCAGCUGCUGGAUCCACUGAUGCAGCUACCCUAUCUCAUGCUCUCCAGUACUCUGAUAUACCAACGAAAAGUGCUAAUUUGCCUGUUAUGUCUGUAGUGACAUAUGAUAGCCAAUGUACAUCUAAUGACGACACUAACCCGAUAUUUUUCAGUUUACCAUUAGAAGCUCAUAAGCAAAUACUUACUUCUAAUGAGAAAGCUCUUAAAAACACUGUCAAUAUUAAAACUUCUAUGCCAUAUAAGAAGAAUGUAAGUACAGAACCUUCUGGUUCUAGACCCAAUAUCAAAAAUAUUACGAUGACCCCACCAAAUAAAAAUAAGACUGUACUUCCCGACACCAUGAUUUACCUUACGCAUCGUAGGGGAGGUUAUAAGGGUAGACUUGACUCAAAUGUCUCACAAGAUGGCCACUGCAAUCAUUGCGUAAGCAGGCAUAAUAUUGGACAGACCACAAUGAACCAACGCACCCUACGGUUAUCCUCAAACGUUUUAAAUAAUAAACCUGUAAGACGUAACUUUCCUCAACACUUUCCCAUUGGGCAAGAUGGAUUACUAGGUUACUCACCAUCAACCCAACCCCAACUGGCAGGUGCCUGUCUUAACUGUCCGCCUAGUCAAGUUCAAAAAAUUAAUCCACUUUAUCAAAAUAAUGAUUUUAUUGGCCUUCAGAAAUUCCUGGUCCCACUAGCAAUACAGUUUGUUCAAGCGAUAGCCCAUACGAUCAGUCAAACAUAAUAAACCACAGUCUAUGCAAAUCCAAACUACAUAACAUCAAUAGGGAAGCUCUCGGUUUUUUUAAACUCCACACUCCCUUUUUAAACUUAUUACUUAUCAAUGCACGUUCACUUCUGAACAAAAUUUCAGCCUUGAGAACAUUAGCUUUUCUAGCCAAGCCUUCUUUUAUACUUAUCACUGAAACAUGGUGCUCUCAAGCAGUAUCUGAUUCAGAAUUAAACAUCCAGAACUAUCGACUCUAUCUCUGCGACAGAGAAACUAAGCGAGGUGGUGGUUGCAUUAUAUAUGCUUUGGAUACCCUAACAACUAAUAAAGUUGAAGAUAGUGUUCUGAAUGGUUUACCAGGAUCAGUCUGGAUAUCAGUCAAUACUCUGAAUCAUAGUCUACUCCUUGGAUGUAUAUACAGGGCUCCUGAUAGUUCGAAUAAUGGGAAUGAUAUUAUUAUCAAUGCAUUCAUACAUGCAUCCUCUCUCAACUUUGCUAAGGUUAUCACUGGGGAUUUCAAUUAUCAUGGAAUCAACUGGAGUACCGGUAGUUGUCAGUCAUGUAAUGAUGAGUUCUCGGCAACCAUUAACAUGCACUGCUGGUCACAGUGGGUUCGUACCCCAACUAGAGGCAAUAGUAUACUCAGUAGUAUUUUCGCGAAUAAUGUAGAAAUCAUAAAUGGUUCUGCUUCAAGAGUUAUGUGCGUGGCUAGCAACUCAGUAAAAUCUAUCUCCUUCAUAUGCAUGAAAAUUAAUAAGGCUAUAAAUACCCUUAAGCUUUCGAGAGGUCAUGGAGUAGACGGUAUUUCAUCCUUUCUCUACAAAUAUGGUGGUCCAGAUAUUCCACUUCUUCUUCUAAAGCUGUUUACUCUCUCUAUGGAAACCGGUUCUUACCCUUACUGUUGGAAAACCGCGUACAUCAUACCACGUUACAAAUCUGGAGAUAAAACUGACAUGAAUAAUUACCGGUCAAUAAAUAUUACUCCAGUUAUUUCUAGGAUUAUGGAAAAAGUUAUAAGUGAUGAAUUUUCCAACUAUUUACUUGCUGGAAAAUUUAUCAAUGAUACUCAACAUGGAUUUCUUAAAAAUCGUUCUUGCAUGACAUGUCAUUCCGACUUCUUUAAUUUAGUCUAUUCUCUACGUAGCCAAGGAUAUCUAGUCUUAGUGCUAUAUCUGGACAUUUCUAAAGCCUUUGACAUGGUUAGCCACCAACUUCUUAUGGGUAAACUCGCGUCCUAUGGGGUUCAAAAUCCUUUGCUUGCUUGGUUUGAUUCCUUUCUCAGAAAUCGACAUCAAAUAGUUAAAAUUAACUCUUCAUUGUCUAACGCUGUCCCUGUUAGAAGUGGUGUAAUACAAAGUAGUGUCUUAGGUCCUUUGCUCUUUUUAGUGUUUAUCAAUGAUAUUUGUGAAAGUUUUUGUGUCGGUGAGCCCCUUCUAUAUGCAGAUGAUCUUAAAGUAGUAUAUUCAUUUUCUCCACAUGAGCUGAAAAGUAUGCAAAAUUGCAUCAGCAUGGAGCUUAACAAGGUAGCACAGUGGUGCUUAAACUAGCAACUGGAGCUUUAUACGGCUAAAUGUGAAUGGAUAUACUUCGGCGAUACAUCACUUAACCUAGAGCUUGCCAUAAAUGAAGAAGUGUUAUCUAGGUUACAUACAGUAGUAGACUUAGGACUUAGAUACUCCCAAGACUUAUCGUUUACAGAACAGAUAUUAAAACAGACCUCUAAGUCUCAACGUCUGAUAGGUUACAUCACUUGAAACCUUUACAACAAUUAAUCACGUAUUCUAAUGUGCAGAGCUUGUGCUCGACCUCUUCUAGAAUACUGCACGUUUAUUCUUAGCAGUACACGAAUAAAGGAUAAAUUAAAGCUGGAAUCAGUACAGAGACGAUUUACACUUCGUACUAUUGGUGCUGAUUGCACCUUAACUUAUAAUUCUAGACGUAAUAAACUUAGGCCAGAACCUUUAUGGAAGAGAAAACCGAAAUUUAAUCUUGUCCUUUGUCUUCAAACUACUUCGUAAACUAUCGUUUACAUCCAAUCACGCGAUUCAAUAUGCAGAAACUUCUCAUUAUGACAUCCGUAAUUCCUUGGCACUAGUGAAACAAACUCAUUCUAAAUCAUCUCUUUAUAUGAAUUACUUCACCUGUAAAUUUUCUAGACUCUGGAAUAACCUACCACAAUCUAUCCGCACGAUAAAAUCACUCCCAUUAUUUGUUCGCUGCAUCGAUGCAUACUGCUCCUCUGAAAAUGCAUUGAAUGGUCUAGCACUUACAAGUGUAUCUCAUUCCACAAGUGAUAUUUUAGGAACUUUAAAUGUUUAGCCAUCUUUAUUAGUGAAUCCCCUAAGUAAAACCACCCAUUUGCUGUCAAUAUGUUAACACCGUCCCUAGCAAGUUUAACUAAUUUGGAUAACAUAAACAGUAUAUCACUGUGUCACAUGACACACGCAUUGAGGUAGACCUGAUUCACAUAUUUUGUUAAUUACUGCUUUGCUGUUCCGUGCUCUGUGUUUUCGUUUUAAUUUCUCUAGUUGUAGAUAAUUAUCAUUAAUUCGAUCUGGCACACGAAUUGACUUUAAUUACUCCGUUAAUAAAUCAACAGGCUGUCCAUUUAUGAAAUAUUAAAAAUUCCCGGCUGAUGCAUUGGAUCACUGUAAUACAUGUACUAACUAAACAAUUACUGAACUUGUAUACUUAAAACGUUCUUCUAUCACGUGUUUGUUCUGUACAUCUAAUGUUCCUCUUUAUAUCAAAUUGAUCAUGACUGUAAACUGGCGUGAAUUCUGAAACCAGAAGAAUGAACGAAACUUCAACCAAACAAAAUACUGUGUUAAUAAAAAAUCUGUCAACUUUUUCAUUAACUGAAAAACCGAAAAACAGUAUCAAUGUUCAUUUUAUUCAAGUGUCUUUUCAUUAAAAUAACGUUAUGCAUUGUAUUGACAGAUUUUGCAACAGUUCAAAUUGUUAGCAAAGAUGGACAAUGUCUAGCUGUGAAAUCCUGUUUAAAGAGCGUUUCAUACUAAUUGGGACACAUCAGCUUGAUGUACCUGCAUCUCAGGAGCGAUUUUCACCCUGCGAUUCGAUCCCAGUAUCGUUCGCCUCAAUAGUCAUCGCGUUAUCCACAUAGCUGCUGAGAUCUGAGAGCUACUUGCUUGUGCAAUAGAUUUCUAUUCAUCAGUUUUAUUCUGAAUUUAAACAAAUCGCUUAUAACUGUGUUGUGUAAAGCGAUAAUCAAUAAACUACUUUCUAAUGACAAUAAAUUAUCGAAAAAAAACAAUUAAUUUAGCCGGAUUUGUUGUGAGAUGGUAACUCACUGAAAACAAUAAUGGACGGUGGCGCAAUUUUGUGAAUUGACCAACGUUAGACAUUAACACCGCUGCAUAUCGGCUCAGUGGUUUGUAGGUUAAGCGCUCGCGCGUCACACCGAAGCGUGCUUCCAGGUUUCCCAUGGACUCAUGAUGUCGACUGCUGAAAUUAAUACAAUUCACUUUAUGAAAUAUGUGUUCUCAGUAAUUUCAUAUCUCAAUCAACAAUAAUUAAUAGAAUUAAUUACUGUAAAACAUCUGGAUUCUUUAGGUCAAUAGAAUAAAAAAGUACAAAUAUCUGAAUGAUACGAUAAACUUAAUGAAAAGUGUAAAAUUAACUUAUUUAUCAUAGCGUUCAACAAUCACACCAAUUGUAGGACACAAUACGUUAUGGGCGCAAACAUAAUUGGGGACAAUCAGUUCUUUUAAUCAAUUUAAAAAUCAUAUAUUCAGUACUUCAUAUGUAAAUCUUCCAUCAGUUGUCUUAAGUUUCAUGGUUCCUUUAUUGAUACAAUAAUUACUCUCUGUUCCCGUUCUUUUUGAUUCGAUCAACUCAAUCAUCUGCUUCCAGGUUUGUCAUUUCUGAUUAGUGUUACUUACCUACUUACGCCUGUUACUCUUCAUCAAGGAGCAUAGGCUAACCACCAGCACUCUGCAUUCAACCCUAUCUCAAGCAAUCCUUUCCAGCUACUUCCAGUUGUUAUUCAAUUUUUUUCAUAUCGGCUUCUAUUUCUCGACGUAAUGUGUUCUUUGGCCUUCCACGUUCCCACUCCCCUUCAGAAUUUCAAGUUAGGGCUUACCUCG